AUAAAAGUGAAAAAUCAUGUUUGAACUUUUCUGAUCUGAUCUGAUCUGAUCUGAAUGUUUCUGAUCUGAUCUGAAUGCUUCUGAUCUGGUCUGAUCUGAUCUGAAUGUUUCUGAUCUGAUCUGAAUGCUUCUGAUCUGAUCUGAUCUGAUCUGAUCUGAUCUGAAUUUUUCUGAUCUGAUCUGAUCUGAUCUGAAUAAAAUAAGAAUAAGCAAUAAGUAAUAAGAAUAAGACGAACAGAACAGCACCUAAGGCAGCAAAGGAUUGCACCUCCGCGCCAGCAACAACCUCCACGCCAAUUCAACCUCGGUUAUCGGUUCCUGAAAAAAAUAUGUACCAGGAACCGUUAAGGAACCGUUAUACGGAGUAUAUAAUAAUUAAAAUUAUAUAUAUUUAUUAUGAGUAUAUAUAUUUUCAUGUAUAUUUACUUAUUUAUUUUUAUAUUACAUUCAUUACUUUAGUUUAGUUAUUUAACUAUUGAAAACUAUAUUUAAAAAAAAACUAUUUAAAACUAUUAUUCACUUCAACCGGUUCUCUUAGGCUUCUUAGGCAUCUCAUUAGGUCUAAACUCCAGCGGGUCGGAACUCGGAAGGUCCAAAGUAUGUAAAAUUAUUAUUUUCUUUAACUGAUUCAGCAUAUUUGUAUUGUAAUUUCAAAGACUAUGAACCGUUAAAUGACAAGAACCGAACCGUUAAGAACGGUUCGGCUCCUUAUCGAUUCUAUAAAAUAGUUUAUAAGAACCUAAUCCUUAUUAAAAUUUAGGUCCCACCCUAAAUUUUCAUCACAGCACAGGCGGUUGUAUGAUGGAGCUCUGCACAGUUCCUUGUCACUCUUAUGCGUCUUCUACUUGUAAUGCUCUCUCUUGGGCUCAGCAUCGUGUUUUCAGUAGGAAGAAGAACUUUAGAUAUGGUUCUGCUGUAAGGAAAUUGAGUAUUCCGAAGAAUGUCGAACAAGAAAAGGCAUAUUUGUUAGAGAGUAUCCUUGGUCGAAUUAGUUGUUUGAAUACAAGGGAUGAAGGUGGGAGUUUUCCACCCCAAUCUAUUGGUGUAGGGGCAAAGGUGAUUUAUGCUGUCUCUCCUGCCUUGGGUCACAACAAGGAAUCGCAUCCAGAAUGCAACUCCAGAGUCCCUGCAAUUAUGAAUGCUCUGGAGAAGAUGGAGUUGACUUCAGAGCACGGAGGAUCCGAUAUCAUUGAACUGCAGAAGUUUAGACCGGCUACAGUAGAUGAAAUAGCAGGUGUUCAUACCAGACCCUACAUUUUAGGCCUUGAGAAGACUAUGAAUCGGGCUUCAGAAGAAGGCCUAAUUCUUAUUGAUGGGUCCGGACCAACUUAUGCCACUGCAACCACGUUCCAAGAGUCUUUAAUGGCAGCCGGAGCUGGGUCAUGAAGGAUGGGGAUUUCCCAAUACCUGCCAUUGUUGCUUCCAUAAUCUGCUAGCAGGGACGAACACUACAGAGAUGUUUCUGGUAUCCUUUGCAACAAAUGGAUACGGCUGGUAUUUGUGGGGAACAGCAAGGAGUACUUUAGGUGUUGUUUGAGUUAGGGGGCUUGAUUUGCAACCUUGACAUAUUUAAAAAUCAUGAAAAAAGGUUGCCAUCCCUUUCAUUUUUUCUUGAACGAUUCACUCAAUUCCGUAUCUGAACCAACUGGAGAAGGCUGGUUUGGAGAAGGACUUAAGCUAAUUGUCAGAGAAAAUAUAAAUGCAGUGACAACCCAAAUUCUGAUGUUAUAAGUCAUAUUUCUUUCUUUUUUUAAAAUGUCGGACACAAGGCAAGCAAUUGAACCUCUCCACUCCUCACCACUUGCUGUGAAGCAUCCCUGAAACUUUUCUCCAGUGUCCUUAGCUGAUUAUGGUGCAUUAAACACCAGGUAGCUUCAUCGAAAAUUAGUAAGGACCCUCCUGUUGGUUUUGCUUUGAUACGGCCUCCAGGUCAUCAUGCGGUUCCAAAGGGGGCCAUGGGGUUUUGUGUGUUUGGAAAUGUUGCAAUUGCAGCACGUUACGCUCAGCAUGUGCAUGGUUUAAAGCGUGUUUUUAUCAUUGACUUUGAUGUUCAUCAUGGCAAUGGAACCAACGAUGCCUUCUAUGAAGAUCCCAAUGUUUUUUUCCUUUCGAUUCACCAAGAUGGGAGUUACCCUGGAACAGGAAAAGUACAUCAGGUUGGAGCUGGAAAAGGUGAAGGAUCAACUCUGAAUCUCCCUUUACCAGGAGGAUCUGGUGAUACUGCCACGCGGAAGGUGUUUGAUGAUGUUAUUGCACCAUGUGCACAGAGGUUCAAACCAGAUAUAAUCCUGGUCUCAGCCGGAUAUGAUGCACACAUGCUGGAUCCCCUAGGCAGUCUGCAAUUUACAACAGGGACGUAUUACAUGCUUGCUUACAACAUCAAACAACUAGCCAAUAAUUUGUGUGCUGGCCGUUGUGUCUUUUUCUUGGAAGGAGGGUACAAUCUGUACUCUCUUUCCCACUCAGUUGCAGACUCAUUCCGUGCUUUUCUUGGGGAACCAAGCUUGGCUAAAACGUCUGAUGAUGUUACUCUCUUGUACAAAGAACCAUCUACCAAAGUAAAUCAAGUAAUAGAGAAAAUCAAGUACAUACAUUCUCUCUGAGAAGAGAUUCAGGUCAGUUUGUGUAAUAAUACUACUAGCCACCGUGAACUUCAUACGUUUCCACAAAAAAAGUGUGGCAGUUUCAACACUGGUACACCUUUAAAAAAAAUUAUACACUAAAUGACUCAAGUUGUACAUCCUUAGACCUCAAAGGAACAUAUUCUCCACGAUAAACCUCUAGAUGAUCAGACAAAGAGGACUUGUCAAUAUUUUCAUGGUGAUAUGAUUUGCAGAUAAAGUAGAUGAUCGUCUGAGUUGUGAGUCCAAAGAGUAUCAAAACUGCCAACAACAUCACAAACAAAAUUCCAUAAACUACCCUCCCUACAUCUCCACCUCCAUAGCCGAGUACCACAAGGUACUCAAACCCUGUAUGAAUCCCGAAGAAAACCAUGUUCAUAAGCAAGAAAAUGACCGAUGAAAUACCCAUUUUACCCUUUAUCAGGCAUUGGCUCUUGAUCAUGGCAUUUAGUCCAUGCACAUCUUCAAGCACCGAUACCACACUCGCGAGAUGAUAUAUAACAGUGAUAUAAACAAAGCCCACCAUGUAGACAAUGAAUAAAAGUGUAACAACGGACACUCCGAUUGCUCCGGGGCCCACCGUUACCAGCCAGAUAAUCAUAAUAAACAUAGCCAUGACAUUGUAAGCAAGAAGGAUGACAAAGCUCCAUAGGAAUGUGACCAUUAGGCGUUUCCAGACUUUAGGGACAACGGACAUGACCUUCUUGAAGGUGAUGUCCUUGGCGGUGUAGAUGGAGGCAAUGGUGUAGACAACAGCGGAGGUGGAAAGGAGGGUGAGGAUGAAGAAGAAGAUGGAGUAGGCUAUCUUGAAGAGCCAGAAGAUGGUCCAUUCAGAAUACAGGACAUCUGAUAUCUUGUUGUACGCCUUGGUUCCUUGCUGGAUUCUAUCAAUAAUAUAUUCGUCCCGAAGGAUAUCUGUGAAAAUUAGGUCGGAUAUCUCAACAUGUGCUAGGUAAAUGAAAGCCAGAGGGAUGAUCAUGGCGGAUGUUAUCUGCAUAAAAAUCUUCUUCCAUGUUGAAACCAGGGUAAAUGAUUCCUUGAAUAUGCCGAGGAACCCGAGAAACUGAAUCUCGUCUUGUUCUCUGUCCAUUAAUGUAAUGAUCAGAUGAGAUGAACAAAUAAUUAAUCAAGAACGUAUAUGGAAGAUGAUGUUUUUUUUCUCAAUAGUUUUACAAAGGCAUUAUAUGUAUUCAUCUGACACCUCAUUAUAUUGAGGGAGGAGGAUGAGGAAAGGUC